ACUGAAUCAUAGUUUCUCUCAUGUUUACUCUGUUCUUUCGUAUGAUUAUUUGGUAUCAGAGAACUAUAAUGAGUGCUUCUUUUCUCAAAACAUUUUGUAUCCUUCUCCUGCUUUGGUUGCUUACCCCAGGAAUUACUGUGGCAUUCAACAACUCAAGUGAAAGUGGUGAAGCAAAGUGCAUAGAAACAGAGAGGCAAGCACUCCUGAGUUUCAAACAAGGCCUCGUAGAUGACUUUGGCAUGCUCUCCACUUGGACCGAUAAUACAGAUUGCUGCAAAUGGAAACGCAUUCUCUGUAACCAUCAAACUGCUCAUGUAUAUCUGCUUGACCUUCAUGGAAACUACUAUAAUAAUACACCGUAUUUGAGAGGUUCAGUCAAUGUCACUUCAUUCAUUCACUUGCCAUAUAUUCAACAUCUGGAUCUCAGCCAUAAUUAUUUUGUACUGAAUUACAUCCCAGACUUCAUAGGCUCCUUCACCAACUUAAGAUUUCUCGAUCUCUCCCAUUCUUAUUUUGAGGGCAGGAUUCCUUCAACACUUGGAAAUCUCUCACAACUACGCUAUCUGGAUCUUCAGGAUAAUUAUCUUUGGGGAGAUAUUCCUAUUCAGAUAGGGAAUCUCAAUCACUUACAUUAUCUCAAUCUUGGAUUAUUUUAUCUUUCCGGAAAAAUCCCAUGUCAAAUUCGGAAUCUCAAAAAGCUACAAUAUCUCUGCCUUGGAAGUAACACUCCUCCGCACAGAAGGCCAAUGCCAAACUAUGCUUCAAUUUCACUUUCUGGUGCAUUCCCUUUUCGCGUAGGGAAUCUUCCGUUCUUGCAUACUCUUCGACUAGUUGGCAAUUUCGAUAUAAAAGCUAAGGAUGCCCACUGGCUCUCUACUCUCCAUUCCUUAACAACUCUUGAGCUGAGUUCAUUGCAUAGUCUUAGUUCCUCUCACCACUGGCUACCAAGUAUUAGUAAGUUCAUUCCAAACUUAACAGAGUUGAGACUAAUAAAUUGUGAUCUUUUAGAUAAUGAUAUUCAAUCUUUGUUCCUUUCUCAUUCUCCUAACUUUUCCAGUUCUCUUAACAUCCUAGAUCUAUCUUCUAACAUCUUGACAUCAUCCACACUUCGACUCUUGUGUAACUUUAGCCUUCAUCUUCAGGAGCUUUAUCUUCCUCACAAUAAUAUAGCUCUAUCACCUUCUCUGUGUCAAAAUUUCCCAACUCUUAAGAUCCUCGACCUCUCUUAUAAUAAUCUAAUGUCUUCAAUGUUUUUAGGGAAUUUUAACAUCAGCUCCAAAUUGCAAGAGCUUCAUGUUGUAAACUGCAGUAUUAUAGAUAGCAGUUUCCUUGUUUCUUCGGCUUCUACCAUGAAUUCUUUGUCUUCUCUUCUCUACCUUGAUCUAUCAGAUAACUUAUUAAAAACAUGCUUUGUAUUUCACUGGCUUUCUAACUUCACUACCAAUCUCCGCACCCUUUACCUUGAUUAUAAUUUCUUGGAAGGUCCCAUUCCAGAUGAAUUUGGAAGAGCGAUGAACUUUCUUGAAUAUCUUUCGCUCUCCAAUAACAAACUCCAAGGCAAAGCUCAGUCUUUCUUUGGGAUCAUGUGCAGAUUACAGAGCUUAGACCUCUCAGUAAACAAGUUGAAUUGCAAAUUUCCAAGCUUUAUUCAAAAUUCAUCACGGUGCAACAUACACAUCAUUCGCGAGUUGAACUUAUCUUAUAACCAAAUUAGUGGCAAGAUACCUAAUAGCAUCAAAAUGUUAUCUGAGUUGGAGAUUUUAUCGUUGGAGGGGAAUUCUUUGGAGGGUGAUGUCACUGAAUCUCAUCUUUCUAAUUUUUCCAAAUUGAAUUACUUAGACUUGUCACACAAUUCAUUGUCUCUAAAAUUUGUCUCUGGUUGGAUUCCUCCUUUUCAAUUAAGUUACUUGCGUCUUGCAUCUUGCAAACUAGGUCCGAGGUUUCCUGCUUGGCUCAAGUCCCAAAAUUCCUUAUUCCUAUUAGAUCUAUCUGAUAAUGGGUUGAAUGAUUUCGUACCAGACUCGUUUUGGACCAAGUUGCGAACUCUGUACACUUUGAAUAUGUCUCACAAUAAUCUCAUUGGUUCAAUUCCUAAUAUGACAUUGAAGCUUCCUUUCAGACCACAUAUAAAUUUAAAUUCAAAUAGAUUUGAGGGAAAAGUUCCAUUAUUUUUGCUACAAGCUUCAGACUUGUUACUCUCUGCAAAUAAAUUUUCAGAUUUAUUUUCAGUCUUAUGUGGAAACGUCACAGCUACAAACUUGGCCACUUUAGAUUUAUCAGAUAAUCAAAUAAAGGGACAACUCCCAGAUUGUUGGAAAUAUGUACACCGAUUAUUGUUUCUUGAUUUAAGCAACAAUCAAUUGUCUGGGAAGAUUCCUAUCUCCAUGGGAACCCUUAUGAAAUUGGAAGCUUUGGUUUGACGAAACAAUAGUUUAAUGGGUGAAUUGCCUUCCUCUUUGAAAAAUUGUAACAAUUUAAUUAUGCUGGAUGUGAGUGAGAAUAUGUUGUCUGGUCCAAUACCAUCAUGGGUCGGAGAAAGCAUGCAACAAUUAAUAAUCUUGAUCAUGCGAGGGAAUCAGUUGUCUGGAAGUCUUCCCCUCCAUCUAUGUUAUUUGAAGCGUAUUCAAUUGUUGGAUCUUUCUAGGAAUAAGUUUUCAGAAGGGAUUCCAUCUUGCUUAAACAAGUUUAAAGUAUUGUCUGAAGAAAGCAUCAACAGAACUGAAACUGAGGGUCGUAUUCAUUGGUACAAUACUACUUAUUAUGAAAAUUAUAGUGUUUACAUUGGUGGUUCUUAUGCGCUUCACGUAAGAUGGAUGUGGAAAGGCGUGGAACGCAGCUUCACAUGUCCCGAAUUGAUUCUUCAGAGCAUUGAUCUCUCAUGUAACAAUUUAACAGGUGAAAUACCAAAAGAGAUUACGUACAUGCUCGGGUUAGUUUCUUUGAAUUUAUCAAGAAACAAUUUGAGUGGAAAAAUCCCUUCGGAGAUUGGGAAUUUAACGUCACUAGAUUCCCUUGACCUAUCAAGAAAUCAUUUUUCUGGGAAAAUUCCUCCUACUCUUUCCAAUAUUGAUCGUCUUGCCAUGUUAGACUUAUCAAACAACCAUCUCAGUGGAAGAAUUCCAUGGGGAAGACAGUUGCAAACCUUUGAUGCCUCUAGUUUUGAAGGAAAUGUUGAUCUUUGUGGGAAACCGCUUGAAGAAAGUUGUCCAGGAGAUGAGGCAGUGAGAAAGUCUAAAGGAGAAGAAGUCGAUGAUGAAGAUGAUAAGUCAGUUUUGUAUGGAACACUAUACAUGAGCUUGGGGCUAGGAUUCUUCACAGGCUUUUGGGGCUUAUUAGGGUCAUUACUACUUUGGCAACCAUGGAGAAUUGCAUAUUUGAGGUUCUUGAAUAGACUAAUAGACUAUAUACUUUUAAUGAUUGCAUUGAACAUAGUAAAGUGCCAAAGGUGGCUCAAAGACGAGUAACAGCGUAUUACAUUUCUCCUAUCGGAGGGCUUUUAAUGUGCUGAGGAGCUUCAUAACUUAAGAGUAACUGGAAUUUGAUUAUCUUUCAUCUCUCUCAUGGCCACAUGCGCUUAGCGCCUUCAGCAUAAGUUUUGGAGUGCUCUCUGCUCUCAAUUCGCUCGACACCAGCUUGCUAGGCUUAGCAUAUCAUUCCAGCGUUGUUCUUUCAAUGACCAGUCAAUACAAUUCUUUUCUAUCUUUCUUCUUCACCUUUCUCUAUCUUCUUCUCUCAUUAUACUUAUGAUUGUAUGUUUUUAUGCAACUUCCAUUUGUUUCUGUAGCUACGCAUUCUCGUUCCAUCAUUAGUAAUAGAGCAGCUUGUGUCUUUAUCUACUUA